GUGUACAAGUCUUGCGUUGUGUGGAAGCUCUUUGUAGCGCCUUCUGAACAUUGUUGACAUGAAAAUAGUAAAAUAGUUGUUUUUUUGCGGCUGUUGUUAAAAGUUGUUAAUGAUGGUUGGGGUUACAUUAUAGAGGAGGCAGAGGUAACGUUAGAGGUCUACAACUAAACAGAUGAUGACAUCCCCAGGUCACAAUCCUCACCUGUUUAGGUGGAGGAGGCUCGGCAAGAGUGAAACACCUGCAGGCAAGGUGCAUGUGAAGAAUGGUGAUAUCGAUCAGUGGAGGAAGCGUGUGGAGUUGGCUUCUGAGUUUGCUGUAUCUGAAGUCUUCUACCACAAGAAACCUCAUUCAAGAACCAGCAGUCUAGCCGUACCAUUGCAAAGCUCUGAGCAGUUAAGAGAUCAUGAUGACGCUUACAGUGAAGCUCAAGCUCUUCUUGGUGAUUGGCUGAGCAGUAAGUUGCGGCUGGAGCUGGAGGUGGACGAAGAAGAUGACCUGAUGUGCUCCGCUGAGAGGACGAGCCCUGCUGCACUGGCUAGUGCUCAGCCUGCUGUCCUGAACUACAGCAACUUUGAUGAUAUGUACAACCACCUGGUCGAAGAGGAAGAUCACAGCGCUGUUCACAGCUUCCUGCAAGACCUGAUGGAGCAAGAGGUGUUGGACUCUGGGGUGAUGGAGGAACUGGCGCUAGAUGUUGGACAAACAAGGAAGAAAUUCAGAAAUCCCGUCGUCACCAUGGAAGCACGGCACCUACAGGUGCGAGAGAACAGAGCGCAGCGGGAGGCUGAGAGGCAAAAGCGGCAGAGAGAGAGGGAGGCUCAGCGGGGCACCAGGGAGGAGGCAAAGAGGAGGGAGCGAGAGGAGGAGGCAAGGAAGAAUCAGGAGGCACGUAGACAGGAGGAGAUGGUGCAGCAGGAGAUGGUGAAGCUGCGACGGCAGAUGGAGGAGAGGAGAGGCCUGGAACAGCUGGUUCGACAGAGGGAAAGAGAACGAGUGGAAGCGCAAAGGGCAGCCAGAAGCCUCCUUCAGACCUUCAAACAGCCACUUCAGGACACAGAGCGACUCUAUAAAGAACAGAAAAUUCAAACCAUGGUUCACAUGGGUAAUCUCAAGUGUCUGCAGAGGCAUUUCUCUGGAUGGUAUACGGUGGUGUUGGGCCAGAGGUUACGUUUAGGUAAGGCCCUGGCACUCUGUGAUUGGAAGCGGCAGCUGAGAGCCUGGCGAGCAUGGCGGGCCGUGGCGUGGGCAGCACAACAACAGCGAGAGCUGGCAAGAACAGAGGACGAUCUACGAGCUGAAAACAGAGGAUGCCAGCUAGCUGCGGAGAGUGACCGAAAGCGGUUGCUACGGCGAUGUCUGAAUGAGUGGCAGCUAUGGUGUCGCAUAGAGAAGGAACAACGAGAGUUUUUGGCCCAGCAGCAGGAGACCCGGCGCAAGAUGGCUGCCUUAAUAAAUGCUGCAUCAACAGGCAAACUCAAGGCUGCAGAAACCACAACUUAUCAGCCAAUCAUGGCCCCGCCUGAGGCAUCGACCCAACCACAGAGCAGGGGGAAGGAAGAUCACCACAGGUCAAGCACCUUAGCCCACAACGCCUCUGCAGUACAUCAGAAUAAGGCCCCAGUGGGUGCUGUGGCCCAGCCCACUCAGCCAUGGCAGGUGACCCGACGCCAUGCAACACUGACUGCCGCCGAGCUCCACGGGGCACAGCAGAGAGGUGUCGGCGGGGUGAGCGCAGCGACGCCGGGCAGCACGUUUGAAAACAGGCACGCCGUCCAGCAGCAGAUCAUCACACAGCAGAGGAAGCUGCUGAAGGAGCAGCAGGAGCAGAUUGCACAGCUCAAGGAGGAGAAGACUGAGAAGGGGCUGGAGCUGGAAAUGGAGAAAAUGGCACAGCUCACACAGCUGCCAGGAGGCUCAAGACCAAACAGCCACACAAAGAAGAGGGCACCGACAGUUACUGGAGAACCUGACAGUCUCUGUGCACCUCCAAGGAAAGCUGUCACACGCCAGACACGCCCCCAUCCAAUCAUCUCGGCCAUGGAGGUCCGUGCACACCAGCGUGCAGAGCGAAGGAAGGAAAUCGAGGAAGUCAAGAAAAAGAAGGAAGAGGAGAAACUGGCUGAGAUGAAAGCUGCUGAGGAGCAGAGGCAGAGGGAGGAGGAGGAGGAGAAACGCAAAGCAGUGGAAAAGAAGAGGGAGGAGAAAAGGCAGGAGAGAGAGAGAGAGGAAGAAAAACAAAGGCAGCUGAAAAGGCAGCAGGAGUUGCUGAAGCUGGCCACUCAACACUACCACAGAAACUUGCUGCUGCGGCGAGGCCUGGCGCCAUGGAAGAGCCUCAUGCUGCUCAGACAGGCUAACACACAGCUGGCCGAGAGUCAUCACAAUCUCUUCCUCCUGAGGCGGUGCACACGAGGCUGGCAACAAUCAGCAAGAGAGUCCCUGUCUGAGAAAGAAGCUUCUGCUGUCCAACUGCACCAGCACUUUUUGCUUCGGAGGAGCUUAAGCUGCUGGAAAAGACUAAAGGACUGGCGGAUGAUUCAAGAGGAGAGAGCCAAGCGUUUCUAUCGCACUCACACUCUGAGGAGGUUUCUGCUGGCUUUGCUGGACCAUGUGACCCAGGAGAGGCUGGUGGAGUGGGACAAUCAGGAGCUGGCUCAGGAGCACAAUAACAGACGGGUGCUGCAGCGAUGUUUGCUGGCCUGGAGGCAGCUUCCCUGUCUGCUGCGCAAGGAACGAGUGAGGGAGGAGCGGCGGGGGAAGCUGGGACGGAGAGUGACUGAGGUUCUGCCUGAUUUCUGCGCCUAUCCACUGUAAAGCCUCUGGGACAAACUGUAGGAGACAGACUGCACAGCCAUACAGACAACACACCAACAUCUCAGUAACUGGAGAGGAUGUGAUGAAAUGAAUCCAUAUGCACCUUUCUCACAAUAAUUUUAAUAAAAAUAAAUACAAUUUGUUUCAUACAAACACACAACUGCAUCAACACAAUUUUAAGGAUACUAAAGCUUUUAAAUCCCUUUGAGAUAAUCUAAUAAAAGCAGCAACAUCAAAAAACUAACUCUCAAGGUGACACAAAUGCAUUGAUUUAUUUGCCUUUGCCAUACUUCCGCAGCCGUUUAAUUCAUGAAUCAGUUCAUACCAGCUUAUUCAUAACUAUUCAUUAUGUUUAAU